AUGCUGCCCGGGGACGUGCUCUACUACUGGCUCUACGUCCAGAGAUACGGCCUGGGCUACAGGAAGGACGCCAGCUACUGGAUAGUGGACGGUAGGUACCCCUGCUGCCCCGGGACGUGCUCUACUACUGGCUCUAUGUCCAGAGAUACGGUACCGCUGCUGCCCGGGGACGUGCUCUACUACUGGCUCUACGUCCAGAGAUACGGCCUGGGCUACAGGAAGGACGCCAGCUACUGGAUAGUGGACGGUAGGUACCGCUGCUGCCCGGGGACGUGCUCUACUACUGGCUCUACGUCCAGAGAUACGGUACCGCUGCUGCCCGGGGACGUGCUCUACUACUGGCUCUACGUCCAGAGAUACGGCCUGGGCUACAGGAAGGACGCCAGCUACUGGAUAGUGGACGGACUCCAAAGCAUACCGAUGUUGACGGCCCCGCAUGUUAGCCAAGUGCAGCCUCCACUGAAACCUGCCCUAGCCCCAACGGCGCAAGAAAUUAUCUCCACGGUCAUGAAGAACAACUGCUCCUCUCUCGGUUUGAACCAUGGACCCAACAGGGAUCCACUACUGUACCUUCUUGAAGGCUACGAAUUUGUCAUGGUAGUCAAGGAUGGCCAACUCCAACUCAAAGACCGUCCGUUGCCUGCUGAAACCACCAAAGUCUAAACGAAAUAAACGGCUUUUAUAAGAACUAUUGAGUGAAAUUACAUUAAAAAAAUUAAAGAAGGAAAAGCAGGAGAAAGAUGAA